UUUGAAAAGCUACGAAAAUGACGAAAACAUACAUUAUGAACAGUCUUAUCGAAAAGAUGCAGUCGCCUGACCAGGAUUUCCGGUUCAUGGGUCUCAACGAUCUCAUGACGGAAAUCAGGCAAGAUCCAAGUAGUUUCACGGGAGAUGAACAGAUGGAGACCAAAGUGCUCAAUCAGGUGCUUGCCCUUGUUGAAGACAAGAUUUCCGAAGUCAAGAAUCAAGCCGUGAAAUGUCUGGGCCAACUGAUCAAGAUUAUCCGGGAGCCCCAGCUAGAAAUUGUGGUCGACCAGCUUAUCGAGUUCUCGGGUGGCAAGGAUGAUGAACUCAGAGAUAUCUCGGCGCUGGCCCUUAAGACCAUCACUGCAGAACUUCCGUCCGAUGGAAAGGUCGCCGUCACAGCUUGUGCCAAACUGACGCCUAAGCUGUUAGGGCAGUUACAAAAUAAGAGUACGCCUUCCGAAGCACUUGUCGAAACCUUGUCGAUUCUCUCCAUUCUCAUUGUCAGGUUCCCGUCGCAUCUGACGAGUGCUACCGCCGAUACUCAGCCACUAAGGGUCAUCGCGCCACUCUUGGUGCAUACGCGUCCCGUCGUUCGCAAGCGGGCUAUAAUCACACUGUCUCAAUUCAUCCCGCUAUCCCAACCACAACUAUUCACAGAGCUGCUCCAGACGAAUGUAUUUCCUCACCUCGUUCCCAAUGCUAACAUCGAGAAGCAAAAGACGACUGUCCAGCUAGUCGCUGCUGUGGCACGGCACUCCCCAUUACAAAUAACGCCCGUACUAGGCGACAUUGUGGGCGGGAUUUUGAAAGCAGUGCAAAGGGAUGACGACGAAUUGCGGGAAGGUUGUUUGCAGGCUUUGGAAGCAAUCGUUUUGCGGUGUCCCAACGAAGCAACGCCUUAUCUGAGCUCUUUCAUUCAGAUCGGCACUCAGUACAUCAAAUACGACCCGAAUUAUGCCGAGGACAAUGAUGACGAGGACAUGGCUGACCCCGACGAGGAUGAUGAGGAUGAAGAUGUUGGUGACGAAUACGAGGAUGAUGAGGAUCAGUCGUAUAAGAUUCGACGGUCCUCUACCAAGCUCUUGUCCGCUCUAAUCACCACUCGUCCCGAACUUUUGACCGCCAUGUACAAAGAUGUCUCUCCAGUCCUAAUUUCACGGUUUGGAGACCGAGAAGACACCGUCAAGCUUGAGGUCUGGGCCACUUAUGCCAUUCUUCUCAACCAGACCGCUGUCUAUGGAGGCUUCAGCAAGGAAGACAACGCUGCUCGCGGGAAGCGCAAGCGUGAUGCGGAAACCAUGGAUGUAGAAGAGGGCCCGUACAUUCUGCUGAAAGCCCAGGUCCCGCCGCUUUCGAAAGCUCUCUUGAAUCAGAUCAAGUCCCCCAAGACACCAGCCGCCACUCUACAAGCUGGAUUCGGACUUCUACAUUCCCUUCUUGACGUUCUACCCGGUUCUCUGUCUAGUCAAGUGCCGCUUAUCAUAACGACUUCAAAAUCGGUCCUUUCACAGUCCCUCACCAGCUCUACAGCUACCCUACAUCUCACAUGCUUGUCUUUCCUUGCUUUGUUUUUUGGGACACAUUCCCCGGCCAUCUUCUCUGGUUCUCUGUCGUCACUGACGCCUAUUCUUCUGAAGCUUUUAGGCGAAAGGCAUCCCCGAGUGUCAUCCGAAACGUUCCGCGUGUUUUCGUCGUUGCUCAACUCUCUAAAACCCGUCAAAGAUGUCGAUUGGACAGAACCUUUGCACAACGAAGCCGUCAAAAGACUGGGCAGUCAUGACACUGACGCUGAGGUUCGCGCUUGUGCCGAAGACUGUAUCGCUGAUCUGUGGAUCUGCGCAACGACCGUGGUCCAGAGCAAGGACCAGAAGGAAUGGGAAGCCAUUUGCCGGACAACGGGAAAGACUGAGGGCGGCGUCAAGGUCAUCAUCAAGGUAGCAAGAGAAGUUCGCGUUGGUGACAACUGGGUGAAUGGUUGUCUAGAGUGGUUGAUUGGCCUGCUAAGGAAGAGUGGCCGGUCAGGAAAGACUGAACUAUUCACAGCUUUGGAUGUUCUAAUCACAAGCUACACCGAUGGCAUACCUCCACGUCUCGCACCUUCUCUCAUCAGUCAAAUUAAAAGCUAUAUCUCGACUGCCGAUAUUUCCCUUCUGUCGCAAGCGCUCAACACGCUUUCGAUCCUGCUUCAGAUCACACCUGCGACGUCUUUCCCAGAGAUUGAAGAAUCUCUUCUGUCUGAGAUCUACCUUAUCUCGUAUUCACCAUUGGUUUCUGGUGCGGCGCUUGAUUCACUUCUGAACUUCUAUUCCACAUUGGUGCAGGCUGACAAUCAGAUUGCCGCCCAUGUCGUGCCCAAUCUGGUCUUGAAUGUGGAGAAGGCGCCGAAAUCAGAGACGUCUCCUUCUAAUGUCGCCAAGUGUGUGGCACAAGUUGUCAAGAGUCAACACGGUAUUGCUGCCGGUGUAAUUGCCGAAUAUUCGAAACAUUUGAAACAAACCUCCAAGGCAAAACCAUCUCUGGUGGUUUUGAGCUUGCUCAUCGUAGGAGAACUCGGCCGGUUUAUUGACAUGUCGCCGCAAAGCGAAAUUUUCAGCCAUGCAAUUGAGCUCUUCUCUUCUGAUCAAGAGGACCUUCGGGCGGCUGCGGCCUUCGCUGCUGGCAACAUUGCCAUUGGCAACCUGCAUCUGUUCUUGCCGGCUGUCAUUAAGAUGGUCGAGAGUGAUCCGAAGAAGCGACUGCUAUCUCUUCAUGCGUUGAAAGAAGUGGUCACACAUAGUUCUCAAAGUCAGCUAGAAGGCGUCUCGGACUUGCUAUGGGUGCCUCUAUUCGAGAACUCGGAGAACUCCGAAGAGACCACGCGAAAUGUCGCAGCAGCCUGUCUUGGUAAAUUGGCGAUCACCCAUCCAUCGAGAUAUUUGCCUCAGCUUCAUGCCCGGAUUCAAGACCAAAAUCCUGCUACCCGUGCAACAGUCGUGUCUGCUAUCCGUUAUACCUUUGCAGACUCGCCAGCUAGCUAUGAUGAGCUGUUAUCGCCUUACUUGGUCGACUUCUUAUCCCUUAUGUUAGACCAAGAUCUAACCGUCAGACGUAUAGCUUUGUCUGCCCUCAACUCGGCCGCUCGUACUAAACCCCAUCUUGUCCGAGAUCAUUUGGCCGCCCUUCUGUCUAGUCUUUACAAAGAGACCAUGCUUAACCCAGAACUCGUUCGGACAGUGCAAAUGGGUCCUUGGACGCACAAAGUCGAUGAUGGUCUCGAGACCCGUAAAACGGCGUAUGAGACUAUGUAUACCUUGCUGGACACAUGCCUUACCAAGAUCGACCUCCAUGAAUUUCUGGGCCGAGUCAUCCCAGGUCUCUCGGACGAAUCAGAUGAGAUCAAGGUCAUUUCGCACAUGAUGCUUUUCAGACUCGCGCAGGUAGCUCCUGCAGCUGUGUCGCAGAGGCUUGACGAAGCUGCGCCACCUCUCGAAAAGACAAUGAAGGGCGCAACUGUCACCAAGGACACUGUCAAGCAGGAUCUCGAGCGCGCGGCGGAGCUGCAAAGAAGCGCGUUACGGGCUGUCGGCGCUCUGACCAAGAUCGGAGCGGGUGUUUCUCCCAAGUUUGAUAACCUUGUCGAGGAAUUGAAGAAGAACUCGUCAUUCAGUGUUGAGUUGAAGGAGUUGGGAGGACAGUAAUGGAUGAAAUUGAUGGAGAUGCUGCAAUGUGUAUUUUUUCCCUCAGUAAUGUGCUCAACUCCGUUUGUAACUACUUGCUUCCUGGACAGAUCCUUUUAGUUAUCACUAGCAUUGCUUUUCUCUCCAGAUUGUGUAUCACUACAAGAAAAACGUGAACUGAUGCAGGAUCGGGAGUCUCUAGAAGUGUAUGAUGGAACCGGGCGAUAAAUAUAUAGCAGACCCAUACCCAUUGGUCCCAAGCUGUUGGAAUUGUACCCCGAAAAGUUGUAUUGGUAUUGCUGAC